AUCUUCAGUUCAAGUGUAACAGUUGUGAUCGAUGGUGGUGUUGUUCGAAAAGAGUCCAGUACGAAUCGAAACGUGCUAAAAGGUGUUAUUUACUGUACAGUGUGAAAUUGCCUAAUAUAUUGUGGAACCUUGCUGGAUUAAAGAUGACUUGUCUCACGAAUAUAAUCAUCUUCUGUGGAUUACUGAUGACAUCAUCAUGUUUCCGGUCACACUCUAAGAGGGAAACGACAAGUUCAUCCAUCUCACCCGAGCUUUUGGAGAAGUAUCCAAAUGGAGCGUUCGAUGACAAAAAACCAGUUCCAGAUCCGAGCAAUCAAGAUUUCAAAGAGUACGUUAAUGUCCUAACCCGGUUCGAUGAUUGGGUAACCGGUCACACUCAUGUUCGAACUCCACAGGAGGUACUUCCGGACGACGAAUUCAAUGAUUUGAAACCUCCAGUAGAUCCUAAUAAUCAACGUUUCAAAGAUUAUGUGACUGUGCUAACACGUUUCGACGACUGGGCUACUGGUCACAAUCACGUUCGCGGGCCACAAGAUAUUCUUCCGGAUGACGAGUUUCAUGAUCUAAAACCGUCAACGAACCCAAACAACACAGCCUUUCAAGAUUAUGUAAAAGAGCUAACACGGUACGAUUCGUGGAUUACUGGACAAAAGGUUCCUAUUCCAGCGGACCCUAGUACGGAUGCAUUACAUCAAGAUAUCGGCAGCUUUGAGCAAUCAGAUGCAACUCGGAAUAACAGUGAUGAAGAACAGUCUUAUAACGAGUAUGCAAAGACGUUGAAACUUAAUAUAUCUACUCCAACGUUCCCAGUAGGAACGAGUCAGGAAGAUGUUCCGUUCAAUGAUAACAAACCAAGUAUUCUCCCUAGUUCUGCGUACAAUGAUUAUGUGAAGGUGCUAACACGUUUUGAUCCAUUUAUUACGGGUCAGAAAGUACCGAUUCCAACUGAUCCGACCACAGAUGCUCUACACCAAGUCUUUCGAAGAUCGUUAAUAAGUCCUGAACAUCAUUUCACUGAUCAGAUUACCAGUAAUUCCCCAGAAAAUCCAACCGCCAAUCAAGCGUAUAACGACUUUGUGAAAGAACUGAAGCGUUUUGACCCAUGGAUCACUGGUCAAAGGGUUACCAUUCCACGAGACUCCGUAACUGAUGCUUUACAUGGGAUUAGUAAACGGUCAUUCAUUGGCAGCAAGAACUGAAGAAAGUUGUCAAUAAAAAUCGUGCUUCGAACGAUACAAGGACAGAUCAAACUGGUUUGCAAACGUGAUAAUCAACAUAGCAUUGCAGUUCAAAUAUUGUUCAACAUUGAUAGAUGGUUGAUGAGAUAACAGUAAUUCGAGUGUGACAUCUUUGUAAAUAGUGUAAGUAGUGAAGCGUAUAUGUUCAUUUUUGAAAUUUGAAAGGAAAUGAUCUGCAUUGAUAAUGUAUUUGAAUACAAAUCUGUUUGCUAUACUUUAUUUACAAGAACAAUUUAUUUUGACAACGAACAAUGACCAGCCCUAAUUUC